AUGAUCUCACCUCUGGGCAGCUUCUUUCGCUUCAGUCGGAAAGGAGGUCGGUUAACGACAGCGUUUGUGCAACGGCGGACACACAACGCUAAUCAAAGUCGCUCAACGCUUGCGACUUUGACCGGUCACACAAUCCCAUUAUUCUGGCACGGUUUUCUUACCAGACGUCGUCCGAACAGACUCUACCAACCGUUCUUGCCUUUUGGAACUGCACCCACCCGACGACCACUCUUCCCGCCAAGCUUGGCUUCCCGCCAUAACGUGCCCAAAUAUGAUCGAUCCCGCGGAUACGACGCGGCGGCGGCGAAAAGCGGUACGGGACACGACUCAAAAAUAUGGAGCAGAAUCUCUGCCAUCGGUCUAGAUCAUUGCGGGUCAUCCGUUGAGUACAUGAGUACCGUCCUUCUGGCCCAGCCGCGGUGCCUCUUCCGUUCCCCUGGGGAGCCUGGGAGGGGGUGGCCUGCGAUCGCCCGCUGUCAACAUCGUGAGGAACUCGCAAAAAACAGGUUUUAUCCCCUGCACCUGCUUCUGCCCGGUGGACACCUGAUGAGGCUGAAAUGUUUCAUCAUUGGACCUCGACCGCAUUGGCACUUCACUCUUACUGCAUUGUGA